AUGGCUAAAUUUUCAUAUUUUAUAACAGUUCGUCUAAUUGAUGUGGUAAAACCAUUCUUACCAAUAUUACCAGAAGUUGAAUUACCUUAUGAAAAGAUCGAAUUUGAUGAUAGAGUUGUCUAUACCAUCUUUUCUGGUUUAAUUUAUCUUUUUGCUCAAUUCCCAUUAGCAGGCAUUCCAAAAGAUUUAGAAUCAAAUGUUAAGGAUCCAAUCUAUUUCUUACGUGGUGUCUUUGCCGCUGAACCAAAAACUAUUUUAGAAUUUGGUAUCUUCCCUGUUAUUGCAAGCCCUUUAUUACUACAAUUGAUGGCAGGUUUAAGAAUUAUUAAAGUUAAUUUCAAAAUUCAGCAGGAUAGAGAAUUAUUUCAAUCAUUAACUAAACUUUUCGCAAUUUUCCAAUAUAUCAUCCUCUCUAAUGUCUUCAUUUUCUCUGGUUACUACGGUGACAGUUUAACUAUUGCCCAAAUCUUCUUACUGAACAUUCAAUUGGUCGGUGCUGGUAUUUUCGUCACUUUAAUGUGUGAAGUUGUCGAUAAAGGUUUUGGUUUCACUUCAGGUGCAAUGGUUAUUAACACUGCAGUAAUUGCCACCAACCUAGUUGCUGACACUUUUGGUAUUUCUCAAAUCACCAUCGAUACUGAAGGCCAUCAAGAACCACAAGGUUCUUUGAUCAACUUGCUACAAGGUGUCAGAGCUAAACACAAGACUUUCGUUGGCGCCAUCGUUAAUGCCUUUAACAGAGAUUACUUACCAAAUUUGACUACUACUUGUGUUGUUGUUGCAAUCGCCAUGGCUAUCGGUUACAUUCAAAAUAUCCGUAUUGAAGUCCCAGUCAGAUCAACUAGAGCUCGUGGUAUGAACAAUGUUUAUCCAAUUCGUUUAUUACACGUCGGUUCCCUAUCAGUUUUAUUCUCAUAUGUUUGUUUAUUCUACAUUCAUAUCCUUGGUUUCAUUUUAAUUCAAUUGAUUGGAAAGAACAAUGCCGAUUCUUUAAUCUGUAAAGUUUUGGGUCAUUACGAAAUUGUUAACAACAUUUUAUACGUACCAACUUUCCCAUUAUCUUCUUUGGCUCCACCAAAGUCAUUAUUUGGUGGUAUUCUAGAACAACCAAUCUCUUUCAUCGCUUAUCCUCUAUUCAUUGUCAUCACUGGUAUCUGGUUCGCUUGUAACUGGCAAGCUAUCUCCGGCCAAUCUGCUCGUGAUAUUGCAAAGGAUUUUAAAGAUCAAGGCAUCACUUUAACUGGUCGUAGAGAACAAAAUAUUUCUAAAGAAUUAAACAAAAUUGUUCCAGUUGCUUCUACUACUGGUGCUGCUAUCUUAGCUGCUAUCACCGUUUUGGGUGAGUUAUUAGGAUUAAAGGGUAAAGCCGCCGGUAUGGUCAUUGGUAUCGCUGGUGGUUAUUCUAUUCUAGAAAUUGUUACUUUAGACUAUCAACAAAACGGCAGUGGCAGUAAUUUAGGUCAAGUAUUAAGUGGUCAAUUUGCCUUAUGA